CUAUCACGUGGCCAAAGGUAUUUUGACUUUGUGGCAGGCGAGGCCUGUUCACGGCCGGGUCCUAGCGCCCCACCGUCUUCACCAUCCGGGAGAAGCCAUGGAGGGAAAAACGUUGCCAACGGGUGGGGCAGGAGACGGAGGCAAGGAAGAAGAGGAGGGGCACGAACGACAGAAGCCUCUGCCAUCUCCCGUCAGUGCGAGCGGGUCCGACGGCGAAGGCUGCGAAGGCCUCUGGGAACUGCCCGUGGAAGUCAGCGCUCGGAGACCAGAGUGCGGCCGGUGCGGCCGUCCUCAGAAGGUGUGCUUGUGUCCAUUUCUGCCAGUUCAUCCUCUGAAUGUCUCCACUUGUCUGUAUAUCAUCCAGCAUCCAGCAGAGGAAAAUAGAGUCCUGCGGACAGUACCUCUUCUGGCUGCUUGCCUACCCGAAGAUAAGUGUAAAGUCUUGAUUGGCCGACGCUUCAGUGAAGAGGGGUACCCUGAGUUAGCAUCGGUAUGUAGGAAUUCAAAUACCUUAAUAUUAUAUCCUGGAGCUGGAGCAACAAAUUUGGAAGAUGUAGAUCUGAGCACCAUUGAACCUUAUGUGAUCAUCAUCAUUGAUGGAACAUGGAGUCAGGCUAAAGAUAUAUUCUCCAGGAACUCUCUUUUCCGAAUACCUAAACAGGUGCAACUAAAAACUAGCCUUUCAAGUCAGUAUGUGAUCCGUACACAGCCCACAAACGCUUGUCUGUCCACACUUGAAUGUGCAGCGGUUGCCCUAGCCAUCAUGGAAAAAAAUGAGAGUAUUAAAGAGACUGUCCUCCGUCCACUUCAAGCCCUGUGCUCGUUCCAGCUUCAGCAUGGUGCCCAAGUCCACCACAGCAAGGAACAUCUCCUUAAAAAUGGUUUAUACAAGAAACCAAUGCCAAAAAACAAACGCAAGCUCAGGAGAAUAGAACUUUUAAUGAACAAUAUUAAAAUCUAGCCAUGUCUUGUAGAUUUACAAUUCAUGGUGUGUGGGGUUUUUUUAACCCCUUUUAGCUAAUGAAAUUGAGUCUGAAAUAGAUUUAAUCCAAAUUACCAUCUUUUAUAAUGGACCAAGUUUAGAUGGCAACUUUCCAAGAGUUCAAGCAUAAUCCAGAAAACAGAUGCCUAGGUUUUUCAGUUGCAUGAAGAGAUAAACAUCAUCUCACCCCUCCCCCUGUUUAUGAAUCUGUGAUCUUUAGUAUAUCGUUUAUUUUUUGUUAUGGGUGGCUUUUGGCAUUAUUAAGGAAGGUAAAUAUUAUGACCCAAUGGUAAAGAUUCAAUUAUCUAGAAAAGAGUAUCUUUGUUCAGGGACACUCUUUGCAUUUCAAUGGGAGUGGGAACUAAACCAUAUUUGAACAUUUUUGCCCUCUGAUUUCUUAU